GGAUCGAUUAUUCGCCCGCCGGUGAUUAUCAGUCCAGCCAUGGUUUAUACGAAGAGAAAAAUCAGUCGUUUCAAGUGUAGUGGAUGUUACGCCAUAAACCCAGACAAAACGUUUGACUUUCGAAGACGAAGCAGCAGAGAUUAAUCCGUUAUAGUCUGUUUCCUUAAUUUUGAGUGGGUGAAUGCUUUCGCUGACUGUUGUGAGAGUACUCUUGCGGAUUAUUUUGUUCAACAUGGUACGAGAUAUUUUGUUUUGUGUCCUAAAUGAAAAAAAACUACCAUUGGGAUACCCGAUCAGCCGGAUUACACAUUUCAGUCAUUUUCUGCGGUGUGUUCUGGACUGGAUAUUAAACCUACGCAGUUGGAUGUAUACACUUGUACACCCACCCACCCCACUUUUGACCCAAGCAUGGGAAGUUAUCAAGCACAGUACCUAUCCCCUGUACCCCAACCCUCUUGAUCCUGGAAGUAAUAAAAAUUUUAAGUAACAGGGAAUGUAUUAGGGUAGACAGACGCUUUUUAUAGAUAACUUGGUGCAACAAAAUAUGGAUUUAGAGAGAUGUUAACAUGUUUCAACACUCAUAGUUUGCAGUAGUUGGGUUUGUUUAUAUCAGGGUUUUGAGUUAUUUAAUGGCAUGAAUACUGUUACAAUUAAAAGUUAAAUAUUUGGCAAAAAUCUUGAUUGUUGGUAAUGUUUUAAGUUUAUUUCUACCAGUUUGCUUAUAAAAUUAGAAAUGUAACUAUAAACAACAGACAUUAACAUUGAUAUUGAAAAAAGGUAAUUGUUUUUAAAAAUUUGAUAUUAAAAUGCAGUUUCGGAGUUACUAGAAUUCUAAAAUUUUAAAAUUCUAAAUUAACAUAAAUUAAAGACAUGGGAGGAUAGGCAGUUGUGUUUGAAAUCAGUAAAGGAUUUGUGCCAACUGAGCUCUUGCUUUGUUGCCAUGGAUUAUAUUAUUACUGUUAACUCUUUAACAUUAUCAAUGAACUAUUUCUAGUAAUUGAAACAGUUAAAGGGCUUUAGUAUUGCUGCAACUUCUUUGACAACAUAUUUCAUUUUUAUGCACAUAUUUUUUAGCCACAAAGCUGGAGAUUACUUGAAAUGAGGUAGUUCUUAAUGGAUAUUUUGCAACAGAAAGCCCUGAACUAAACUAACCUCUCAUAAAGGUAAUCUUUUUCGGAAAGAAAACUUGCUUAGUAGCAGUGUAUUUUCCCCUCCCAUUUCUUCUUUUCCUUUUUCUCUCCUUUUUGCAUACACACACAUAAUGCAUAGGUCAUCUUUAAGUAUUUAUACAUAAAUGCCCUUAUAAGCACAUUAAAAAUGUUUUUGAAAAAAGUGUCCUUAAAACUUAAUGCCACAGAAGUUUUUGACAGAAACAAAAAUAAGAAAAAUAGAGAAUCAUUUUAUAGAUAUCUGAGGAAGUAUUAUGAAACACCAGAUCCAUUUUUGUGAUAAAAAAAAAUAAAAUCUAGUUUUAGGCUUAAUGCUGCUAUAUAAACAAGCAUAUUUAUAAGACUAUGUGUUGUUCAUUUCUUAUUUGCAAAAUUUAAAAAAAAUGUAUGAGGGAACAAUUUACAGGUUUCAAUCACUGUCACCAAAUAAUCCCUAACAGACAAGACUGAAAGUGCAAUAAUUGCCUCUACUGAACUUUGUCAUUAUUAAAAUGGCUUCACUUGAAUCAUCUAACCAACAAACUACUUCUGAGAAGCUGGCAUAAAAAUAUGUAUUCAAAAAAUAACUUUAGUUGUGCAGAAAAACAUAUGCAAGAACUUCUAAGGAAAUGUGUUCUGUCAGGAUGAAACUCCACAAACCAUCAAUUAUUAAUGGUUUUUUGAUUAUCCAAGUCUCAACAGUGGAUUGAAUCAAUAUAGUCUGCCAGUGUGCUAAGUGAAAGAGGCUGUAAAGCAAUCUGCAGAGCUAGGGAUGGAACUAAAGGAAUGCAGAUGGCUAAUCAAAUGCUUCAGUUGAAUUAACUAAAUGAACAGUGUGACCACUGUCAUGAAAUCCACCUUGGGCUGAACAUAAAAUGUGAAAAAUACUACCGUUUAAAUAAUUAUUUGUUCAUUUUGCUGGUUUUGAGUUGGCAUCAAACCAAAGUAGACAUGCAUAAUUUUUUUCAAGAGUUUAUCAUGAUCUAAAUUUUAUCCUCAUUUUCUGAAAAGCAGGCUGCUGUUUUGUGGCGAAGUGCAGGUCAUUCUUAUGGUGAAGUACCGUAUAGACCACUCCCAUGUCAGAGGCUGUGUGUCUACUAGUAUUACAGGAAGAAAUAUGGAAAGAUACAAAGUGUUAAGCUGCAGCCUGCAAAGGACAAUGAAACCACCCUCACUGCCACUGUGGCAUUCAUGGACAUUCGGUCAGCCUCCAAGGCUCAUACCUCCAAGCAUACUCUAGAAAAUGCUGUAUUACGCACCGAUUAUUGGGAUGCCACCUCUUCUACUCCAUCUCGAUCUCAAGGAAAUGGAGGUGGGGGUGGCAAUGUUGGAGGUGGAAGCAGUGGAGGAGGAGCUGCCACCCCUGCCUCCACCACCACAAGCAACAGCAGCAGCACUGGUUUUCAUCAUGGGACUGCAACAGCAUCAUCAGUAAACCGUACAGCUAGUGGUGGCACAAAUAAUGCUGGUGCUUUUUCUAGCUCAUGGACAGCAACAGGAAGCGGCUUUCACAGACAUGGGUCUGAACGAGGUAAUGGAGAUGUGCCACGAACACAGGUGGAAACUGCAGAGAAGGAACGUUUUGACAGGUCGCGGAGUUCUCCAGAACAGUCCACCACCAGCAGCACGCGUAACAAAAAGUCUGUCUCUGUGUCUCGCUCUGUAAGCAGAAGCCGAUCUCGUUCUCCAAGGUCAAGAUCAGGGUCUUCAAGCAGUCGCACAUAUUCAUCAGAGAGCAGCAAGUCACAUUCUAAAUCUCAGAGCCAUGAAAGCAGCCAAGGAAGUGGCCGACCACAGUCAGCUAUAACUCUGAAGUCUACGGUGGCCAGUGAGAUUAAAGAUCCCAAAGCAGACAAAGCAAAAGAUUAUGAUGAUCCUCAUGACAGAAGACCCCUUGGCAUCUGUAUCACUGGUCUUCCUGCACGAUCAAGUGAUUCAAGUCUUCGAGAUGGCUUGUUUCAUGAGUAUAAGAAACAUGGAAAAGUGACAUCGGUUCAGAUCAUAACAGAAAAUGGGGACAGAUACGCUGUUGUGAGCUUCAGAAAACCCGAGGAUGCUGCCAAGGCUUUGGAAGCAUCACAAGGGAAAUUCUUUUUUGGCACUAAAAUAAAAGUCUCAUCUCAUGAGGGUGUCAAAGUGGAAGAUGGUGACAUUCGAACUAAUGAGACAGACAUGGAUGAAUAUCACCCUAAAGCCACACGCACACUGUUUGUAGGCAAUCUUGAAAAGGACACAACAGUACAAGAUCUUCUUGAUAAAUUUAGUGUUUUUGGUGAAAUUAUUGAUGUUGACAUCAAGCGACAGGGUGCAGCAUCUGCUUAUGCCUUUGUGCAAUACACUGAUAUUGUUAGUGUUGUACGUGCACUGCGGGAAAUGGAAGGAGAACAUAUUGGAGCCAACAAAAUUAAGCUUGGAUUUGGCAAGAGCAUGCCAACAAACUGUGUUUGGAUUGACAAUGUGGCUGAGAUACUGCAUGAAAAAUUCCUUUUUCGUGUAUUUAGAAGAUAUGGAGAGAUAACAUACCUUUUCAUAGAUCGGUCAAAAUGGCGAGCCCUAGUUUUCUUCACAAAUCUUGAUGAUUCUCAGUACGCUGUGUCUGAGAUGAGAAACAGAACACUUGGCAAAAAGAAGAUCAUGAUUGACUUUGCUAGCCGUGAAUGCCAGAACAACUUUUUGGACAAAAUGGAGAAAACUGGGCAACUAAGAUCAGCUGACAGACCAGAUGAAAGAGGCUUGCAUAAAUUCCGACAACGUAGCUUUGAGUUUCAGGAGGGAUUUUCCGAUGAAAACCGUUCUCGAGUUGCAACAUCUAACAACCAAGGUACAACUUAUUCCAGAAAUAGAAGCCGUGGCAGAAGUAGGAACUAUGAAGAUGGGUCAUUUCAAGAGGACUUCUCACCUGCCCGCAGAAGCAGUCGCCAGUCAUCUGACUUUAGCCAGUCCGGUGCAUUUUUCAAGAAUGUGGAUGACUAUGAACAGGAGCUACGCGAGUAUGGUCAUAGCCAGCGAGAAAGACGUGAACGAGGAAGCUCACCACGCCGUGGUGGAGAUGAUUCCCACCAAUCCUUUGAAGAUCGUUCCCACAGAUCAUCACGAGAAGUUUCACUGGACCGCUACGAUGGAAAAGAACGACAAGUGGAUAUUUAUUCUGUGACUCGUAGUUCCAGCCCUGGAAGUGAACACAACUCUUACCGUUCAGAACGCUUUGUGACACGCAUGGUAGAGGAGAAAGGUUAUAGAGACAAGUAUGAUAAGGAUAAAGAUGACAAAAUUGUGGACAGACUGAGUAGUACUGAUGCUGGGGAGAUUCGUGGCAGACGAUCGCCAGUGUUCACAGAUGGUGGCCAUGGUAACAUUGUUGGUUUUGACAAUGACUUGGGUUCCAUGACUCCUCCUACACCCACUCAGGAAGAAGAACCUGUCUACAGAAACUACUAUACGAGGGAGAAAGACAAUGAUAAUGACUACACCCCCACAUACUCUGUGAUAGAAUCCAAACCAAAGCUCAAAAGUGUGUGGGUCAAUCAGGCUGCAACUGCUGCAGCCUCAUCUUCAUCAUCAAAGGUUGUUUCUGAAGUGAGUUUGCCAGAGAAGUCCAAUGUGCGAAAACGUAUCCAUGAAGAUUCAGCAACUAACAAGAGGAAGUCGGAUCAGGGUUUGAGUGUUGGAACCCUAACACUGAAACUCACUCCAGCAGAACGCCAACGCCAGCAAAAGACUGAUCGUAAACAGCAUCGUCGUUUAGGUAGUAGCAAAGGACUAAACAAGCCUGUGAAAUCAGAUAAACUUCGGCUUAAAGGGUUGGAGGGAACACUUAGCAGCCCUGGUUCCUCUGGAAGUCAUCCAGAGUCAGAAAAUGGCUCUGUAAGUGAAGCUGACCUACUUAACCUCCAGCGCAAGAAACAGGCCUUGCUAGACAAACUGGAACAGUUAGAAGAGGGAGUUCUCCCAAGUGACAUUGGUGUUGAUGAUGAUGCCAAUAUUGGCAACUUUGGCACCAGCAUAUGUGGCACCACCAAGUCUGUAGCUGUGAGAGAAGCCAUUGAACAAGGUGAUGCUGCUUCUAUGGAAGAACUGAUGAAAACGAUUGAUUCCAAGCAGAGUUGCCGUAAACAGAUGGAGCAAAUUGCCAGAAUGGAGUCACGGCUGAAAGAAAAACACCGUGAAAAACUAAAUGCUUUGAAAGCAAGUGAAGGACGAUCAGGUGGUGGUGAAUUGGACAAACCUAAUGUUGGCGGAGAUUCUGUGUUGGACACCACUUCCAAUGGUCCAUCUGAUAGUAAACGCAGGAAAGUAGGUUUGCAGGAUGUGACCGGGGAUGUAUCUUCAUCUGUGCACAAGCAUCCUUUCCGUAAAGAUGGCAGUGGGAGUGUCAGUGAUUUGUAUGUUGAUGAAAAUAGAACUUUCAACAAAGACAAGGAUAGCCGAAAUGUGUUGCUAGAAACAUCCAGUGGUUGUGGUAACAAUCUGUCAAGUCGAAAGCCAUCUUUGGAGGCAGAAAGUGCUGAUUCUAAAGACUUCAUUUCUUCUGCAAAGGAGGUGAUCAAGCCUUUGAAGAAUGCGAGUGAAAGUACUUCUGUUUCUGACAGCUUUCAGAAGAGAUUGGAGAGUACAACCGGAUAUAAUAGCAGGGUGUCUACAACAGUGUCAGAUCGUGAAAAACUUAAAAAAGGGGUGAAGCCUUUCCUGACAAACUCCUCUGGAGUGUUUAUUGCAGAAAAAAGACCAUGGAGCCCAAAAUUCAGACCAAGUCCUGAGGCUGAGGCUUGUUUCAGUCCUGCAGUAAGUGAGGACCCUCCAGAUGUGGAGUCCAAUAACUCUGAAAGUUUGACAGAAAAAAGUUCACCUAAGCCUUCCUCUCCUUUGAAUGAUUGGCAACAGCAAGCUCCUUUGUCCCCUUCAAGUAAAGAGCUGAGUGAUGAUGAAAGUAGCAGGCUUGGUAUAAAACCAGAUGAGCCAGGUCUUUUAUCUUUGAUGGAUGUUGAUGACAGCUUGUCUGAUACCAGUGAAGAUGAAAUGUCUAAAUCUGGUGAGCCAUCACUGGAAGAUCGGAUUCGCAUGGUAGAUGAGAUCAUGCAACUAACCACAAUGAACAAAGCAUCAGAUCUCUCUCUUCUUCCUUCCCCAACAGUAGGGGGCUCAGGCUUAUCAGGUUCAGCAAGCAGUCUUUCGUCUUCUCUUUAUUCUAAAUUCCGAAUAAGAAAACGUUUGGACACGGAGACGUCGGGCCAAGGCUGCUUAGUUCCAGAGCGCAAAUCUGAGCCGUCUGUGAUAGUUCAGCAGUUGCUGUCCAAGCCAAGCAUUCUGGAUCAAGAUUUUCAACGCUUGGGCCAGCUGAACAUGAAGGAAGAUUCUCCCUUGCCACAAGACAUAACAGGCAGGCCAAUGUUAUCAAUGCACACAAAAGCAGCCGUGAAGGAGAUGCCUACAUUUCCUGGAAUUAGCCUGUCUGGCAGAGCCUUAUCUGCCAUUUCAGACAGUUCUAUCAUCACAUCUUCUGCAGUUUUUCACCCACCUGUAACCACGUCUGCAUCAAUGAAUCUACCAACUACCACCACUACCACAACGGCAGGUCAACAGAUGAUGAUGGUGACAACUUCAAGUCCUCACCACUCACACCAUUCACCUGGUCUUGGUAGCCUGGGAGUGCCAGGAGGCAGCCCAAACCUCGGAGCUGCUUCACCACGCCAUCCAGUGCUGACACACAUCACAUACACAGGUGUGGGUGGCAUGCGGUCUCCAUAUGCUGCAGGAAAUGGACUGCCUGAUGUGGCUGCGCCAUCUUCACAGUUGCAUAUUGGUGAGCAGGGCACCUUUGUGGCAACCUCACAAGACAGAUGUUUCAUGGCACCAAGUCUAAUGUACAGCAGCUUGCAAGAUGGUCCCAAAAUCCUAUCUUUUGAGAAUCAGAAUCUACGGACUCAAGGUCAGACUGUAUCAGCCAUUCCUAUUGCAUUCUCUAGUAACCACCAGGCUUCUGAUAGUCAGGGGUUACCUUUAAGUUUGGAACAGACAUUGCCCUCACUUAGGCCUGAGAAUGCUUGGUAUCCCAAUGGAAGCAGGAGCCCACGGGUAGUAGAACCAGUAUCUGUCAAUACACAUUCCCCUGCAGCUGCAGCUAACAAUCCCACUUCAGGUGCCUCCCUGUUACCUAAAAAAGAGACUCUGGUUACAACCCAUUCAGUGGUUUCAACAGUUUGUUCAAGACCACUUGCAAGCCUGGGUAAACCUGGAGAUCAUCUGCAUGCAGCUGAACCAAGCAUGUCAAGGUUAUCACCUGUGCCAUCAGGGCUUGUACAAGAGCAGAAAGGCCAGGAAAUUGACACAGCAUCUGUUAAAAAUGCAGAGAAGGACUCUGCAAGUAAUAAACACUGGGAUGGUGUGUUCCAGAUGAUGGAGGAGUUUGAAAUGACACGGAAGCAGCCUCCACUUACAAAUGCAUCUUUGGUCAGUCCAUCCUCAGGGCCAUAUCAGUCUGUGAUCUUAUCCACACCCACUACCUCUUCUACAUCACCUACAACUUCAUUGUCCUCUGCCACUAUUACCACCACCACCACUACAACAACCACCAUUUUCGCAACUUCCUCCACUGCCACAACAGUCACUACUCCUACAACUUCUGCUGCUAAUAGCACAUUGAGCAGGUCAAGGCCAGAGACUGAGAAAUCAAACAAGACUAUGAAGGGAACAAAUCACAGCAAAUCUGUAGAUCAGAGUGUGAAACAUGAUCCCCUCUUUGCACCUGAUAUCAAGCCAGAGGCAGUGGCAGUAAAGUCAGAUUCAAAACAACAGCCAUUAAAAGAAAAAAGUAAUGAUGCUUCUGAUAAAAAUUCAGUUCAUUCAGACUCCUCGAACAAAGAUUUAGAGACAAAAGAAAAGAAAUCCUCUCAUGCCAAGACAUCAUCAUCCAAUUCUCACACAGAAAGGAAAGUGACAAAAUCUUCAUCAAAAGAUGAGAAGAAAGAAAGUGAACGCAGGCAAGAUUACCAUUCCAGCCAAAAGGCUCUUGAGAAGGUUCGGCCGGAGUCGGGUUCCAAAAACCGAAGCAAAGAAGGGGAAACCCACACUAGAGGGAAAGAGAGUGAUUCUUACAAUAAAACCAAGGAUGCUGACAAUGGCAGCAAAAACAAGGAAACUGCUGACACACACUCAAAGAUUAAGGACUCUGAUAUUUCUGUGAAAAAUAAAGAUGGUGACUCUCAUGUAAAAAGUAAAGACAAGAAAGAUGCACACAAUAAAUAUAAAGAAAAGGAAACUGAUGCCCAUGUAAAGGGAGAAAGUAGAGAUGUGGAUUCAGUUAAAUUAAAAGAUAAUGAACAAUCUACCAAAGCCAAGGGCAAGGAGUCUCAUGGGAAGAGCUCUGACCUUGCAGAAUCCCAAGCAAAAAACAAAGAAAAAGAUGUGGCAGAUAAAGGCAAAGAUGGAGAGUGUCAUCGAAAGGGCAGUGAAUUAGAUGGUCAUAAAUCAAAAUCUAAGCAUAGGGAAGAAGGCAAGAAAGAAGUUUUAAAAGACCUUAGUGGUGAGGUAGAGGGCAAAAAUAAACUUCGUGAACUUAGUGUGGAGAGUGAAGUGAAAAAUAAGUCAAAGGACAGACAUGAUGCAAACAAGAGAGAAAAGAAAGAAAAAGAUGAUUCUUUUGUCAGGAAAGUUAGCUCUGAAAAAAAGGUGCUAGAGAAGGGAGAGGCUACCAAAGAUGAGAAGAAAAACCUUGGUAAACAAGAUGAAAAGAAGGCAGAAGAAAAGGACAAAAAGGACAAGAAAAUAAGUGAGAUCCAUGAAAAGGAAAAAGAGAGAAACAAAUCAAGAGACAAGCACGACAAUAAACAUGAAGCAAAACCCAAAGCUGAAAACCCCGAAGCAAAGAAGGAGAAGUUAAACACCCCUAAAGAUCAGAAAGUGCAAGCAGAUGAUCAAAAACAGUGUAGCACUUCAACUAAAGCUGCCUCCUUUAAAUCUAACAAAGAAGGCAAAGACUCCAAAUCCAGCAAAAAUAAAGAUGAGAAAACUGGGCUUUCUAAAAACACUUCUAAAAGUAAAAGCAAGGAUAAGGAAAAAAAAGAGAAGGAAGAGGAAGAUAAAGAUAAAGAAAAGGAGAAAGAAAAAGAAAGGGAUAGAGAAAAGGAGAGACAGAAAAAAGAGAAAGAAAAAGAAAAGCAGAGGAAAGAUGCUAAAGAAAAGAAAAAGGAAAGUGAAUUAGCCAAGUCCAAAAAGAAGCCACCAGAAGAGAUAGAUGACUUUCCAUAUCACAUGCUUGAAGAGCCUGUCUAUACAUCCAUGUAUGACACCAUUAAGCGACGGUCUUGUAACAAAGUGCAGCAGGUCAAGGAGGUGUCAGAAGAUACACGGAAAAAGCUUACACAGUUAAAGUCACGUCGGGGCUCAGCUAAGAAGAGCAAGUCAUCCAGAUCAAUUCUUGAGGACAGCUCUUCAGAAGAAAGUGACCAAGAAAAUUUGUCGCUAGAUUCAGACUCUCAUAGCUCAGAUUCUGGCUCUAGAAUUGAAAUAAAACCCAAACAAAAUCAGAAGCAACAGCCUCCUCUGCCAUCAGCAGCAAAGAAGAAGCGAGCUUUUGUAUUGUCUUCUUCAUCUGAUGAUGAUGAUGUUGAGGAAGAUGAAGAGGCUUUGUUAAGAAUCUCCAAAGCAAAACCAAAAUCAUCACAGGAGAAAAAGUUCCGUCAGAUUUUUGAUUCGUCUUCAGACUCUGAAGAAGACAAUGGGAAAAAGAGUUCGCCCGAGAGACCACCAUCCAAGCCAAAAGUGGCAGCAAAACCAGACAAGAAAGUCAAGCCAAAGAAGCCACCGAAAAAGAGCAAGUCUAUUGAAGAGUCUAAUGAUUCUGAUUCUCCUGACCUACAUAUCCUUACUAAACCCACUGUCACUGCAUUCUCAAUUACUUCAGAUAUCAGCAUGACCGAAGACACCAAUGAUGAAGUGGAGAAAAUGGAUGCUGAACCCUCGAAAAAGACCAAAAGAAAGAAGAAGGUAGAUGAAAAGCAGAUUGUCAAACAGAAAAAGACAGAUGAAGUUCCAGCCAAGAAGCAAAAGCUAUCCCAGAGUAAGGACAACCUUACUGAGAAAAAAGAAAAGCUAUCCGACAAGAAAAACAAAGGUUCUGAGAAAGAGAAGAAAGAAAAAGCAGCUGUUGUAAAAAAUGAGAAUAAGAAUUCCAUUGCUGACGAAGAGAACAGCAUGCUUGUAUCAACAUCAGAAAACAGUGGACAUCAGAGCAGCAAUAUCUCUGUAGAAGAAGGAAUAAAAGACAAAUUGGUUGAAGAAGAAGACAAAAAUAAGAAAAAGGAGGGAGGAGCCAAGCUGAAGAGUGUUGAUAAUGAUGUUCCAAAUCAGGAGAAUAUGGUCAUGCAGACUAAGUCUAAAUCAGAGAAGGAGAAGACAGUGAUCAAGAAAAAGAAGCCAAGGGUAGACAGCCAUAAACCUGGACUAGACAACACCUCACUCAGCAGGGCUGACAGUGAGAAAGAGCUGCCACAUGCUGUCUCAAGACAAGAAGUUGUGGAAGAGCCUGUAAUUAAGGAAGUGGUAAAGGCAGAGAAAGGUACCAAAUCCAUUAAAACAGAAAAGGAAAAGAAAAAGCCUCGUCAGAAAGAUGGAAAGUCUAGCAAAACUGAUAUGCCAGAAAAUGAAGGAAGCAAACCACCCACUCAAAAAAUGGCUGCUGCUACUUCUGCCAGCGAAGUUAAGAUGUCGCCACAAACAGCUGGCAAGAAGCCAGUGACAGAAACUGCUGUACCUGAAUCAAAGAAAGAUGGUACAAAAUUGGAUAAAGAAAAGAAAGAGAAGAAAGGUAAAAAGAAAGGGCAGAAUAAGACUGAUCUACACACAGGUGCAUCAUCAUCUUUACUGGCAAAGGAAGCUCAGCGUGAACCUAUACUGCAAACUCUAGCAGAGGACAUGGAAAGAGAAGAGCAACAAAAUCUUAAAGAAAUAGUGGAGGAUAAGAUGUCAGAAGCAUCACCUGAGAACUCUAGCAUUGAUGAUACUGGAAAGUGUAAAGCCAAGAGGAAAAAGAAGAAAAAGAAGGAAGUCACUGAAAAGAGUCAUCCUAUAAUUGGUUUUGAACCAUGCUUACUGGAAGCAGAACAAACCAAAGAACCUGAACCAGAGGUGGACUCAGAACCAGCAGCUCCAGAACACAUGGAACCUGAAGACGAAUUUGUCAGUUUUUGGGGUCAUCCUGCACCUGUGCUUCCAAAGAAGAGAGACAGUGUUCCUAAGCUUGAGGACUCCAGAGAGAAGGAUGAUAAAGAAAAGGACAAGAAACAGUCAAAGGAUCAGUCAAAUGAUUCUGUGCAAACAGGUCCAUCAGUCUCAGAUGACGGUACUCUUGCAGAUGGAAAAGAUGCUGCUGAUAACAAUUCUGUUCCAAUUGCAGAGGAAGAUAAACCAAAACCAGCUUCAUGGGAUGCACCAGUAUUUCCAAAAGAUACAGAGUCGGCACCAGCAUUGACUGCCAGUGAUUCCUCUAUUGACCAAAAGCCCAAACCACUGAUUGAUAUACCAGAAUAUGCCUUCAAAGCAGAACUGGAUGAAUUAGGAGAGAAGUCCGACAUUGACAGUUUGAAUACUGACAAGAUUCAGAAUGCUGGAGAGAAGGGCGUAAAAAAGAAAAUGAAAAAGAAAAAAGAAAAAUCUGAAAGAAAAAGUUCCAAAGAAAUUGAUCCUCUUGCUGCUGUGGAAUCAAGCCUUGAGGCAACCAAUGCACUGAGGGAUGAAACUGUGCUCUUGCAAGAUGUGAUUGACAAGAAAGCUAUUUUCCCAGACAGACGGUACUCUUUUGAGGAUGAGAUCCUAAAGGAUUCCUCUCCUCUUUUUUCAGAGGCUAGAACUAACAGGGACACCCAUUCACCCCAUCUCACACAAGACUCCAAGCUACCUACAGUUCUAAAGCUAGAAGCAAAAUCUGCAGUUGUAAACAAAAAGGAACCUACAGGGCCUUCUGUCUCCAAACCUCAGGUACCUGAGCCAGCUGUUGUAGACAGUAGUGUGGAUGUUGUUACCAAGACAGAAAAUAGUGAAACAAAAGUUAUUUCUGAAAUCGAUAAUGCUGAGAAAGCAGCCAGCACCAUUACAGACACCCUACAAUCGGCUCAGAAGCAGAUCGAAGAUGGGGAGGGCACAUUGGUAUCACCAUUGGAAAGAGAUGAGCUAGCCAUGCAGGCAGCUUCGGAUGAAGCAGCCCGUGCCGUAGAGUGCCUCCUUGGUUUUGAAGAAGAAAGCCAGUACACAUACGGUGUUGGAGAAAAUAUCCAGAUGGCUGGAAUACCUUCAGAAGUCUCUGAAGUUAUGAACACUGGAGCCACCUUAACAUCUCCUGCAGCAGCAACCCUGCUGGACCCAACCUCCAUCCAGAGCAAGCCAGAGACAUCAGAAUCUGAAAUCCCAGAGGCAUCUGAGGCACCUCAUAAUUCUUCACAACCAGAUGCACAGGAAGAGUCCCUUUCUGUCACAGAACAUCAGGAAGUCCCACAAGAAGCUGAAACACAUCCAGAAGUGACCCCAGAAACUAGCAAAAAAGGGCAGCGCAGAGCUAAGAGGCAAAAUAAACCCAAAGCUGCAAAGGAACCUCCCCAUAAAGAGGACUUAAAUAUCCCAUCCCAAUACCAGCAGGAUAUGCCUAUAAAUGACAGCAAGGCUUACACAUCUGGCGAGUCUGCAGCAGUCCAUGUCUUUGGUGAGUCUGCAGCAGUCCAUGUCUUUGGUGAAUCUAACUUACCGCCAGAACCUGAUUUACCACGAAUAGAUGGAUCUGAGACAAGAAAGAACCCUAUUGAUGCCUAUGAUUUUGAUGCACAAAUGGAUGAAGAGGAGACUGGAUUAGUUGUAGAAUCAGCAGUCAGUAGCUUCCAUUGCACUGCUCAAGAAGACCAGCCUCAGAUUAUGAAGAGUCCACGUCGCCGCAACAAUUCUUCUCGGGGGAGAGGAAGGCGAGGGCGAGGAGGUGUGAUCAGAGAAGUAUUGGAGAAAAUGAACAAAUCAAACCAACCACCUCCAUCCCCAGUGGCUGAUUUGCAGCCUCAGGCACCAGUUCCUAUUGCUGCCUCAGGACCUGUCAUACCUCCUUGGCAGCAGAGCAUUGUGAAAGAUGAUUUAGCCAGUCCAGAGUCGAAAACUGAUUUAGACUCUUCUUAUGGUGAGGCUGAGUUGGUAAUAAAUCUUGAAGACCAGGUUACACCAACCAGCAUGGAUGAUCGAAGUGGUAAAAACCAAUUUCAGUUUGGGUCUGAUUCUGAGGAUAAAUCUCCUGCACAGCAGAACUCUGCAUCAGUCACAAGUCCAUACAAGUCACAGCGAUCUACUCGUACUCGCAAGCCCACAGAUUACAUAGCUAUGGACAGAGGACUAGGAAUGAAUAUACCAUCUCCACGCAGUUCAAGGUCGGGGUCUUCACCACGAGGAGCUAGAGGUGGCCAGUCACCAAAGAAUCCACCAGCUUCUAGAGGACGUGGCUCACCCAAAAUGACAGAGUUCAGCUCACCAGUGGUUAAGCUUGAAAAAUUAGAGAUGGGAAGAGGCAAACGAAGAGAGGAUGCACUGCACAAAGGCCGUUCAGGAGGAAGGGAAAGUGAAGGGAUUGAUAUUGUACACACUAGUUUUGAAGAUUGGAAGGCAUCCAACAUGUUGUCAUCUACCAAGCCUAUAUCCAAAGAGAAUAUAUACGAGUUUGAAGAUAGUGAACAAGAACAAAGACCUGAACCAAGCCCUAUCUUGCGUCUUGUGCGUGGUAGGAACAAGCGCAUAUCAGAAUCUAACGAGCCACUGGCUGCUAGGACCCAGGAAUCUUUUCAGGGCCCACCAACCCAUCUCCAUCAACGUGCACAGGCACCAGAGUUGGGAUUUAAGGACCUUCAAGAAGAACAAGCGCAAGGCUCAGAUGAUUCCUCAUCUUCAAUGAGCAAUGUUGACAAGAUAAUUGAUGCAGUUUCCAAAGGCAUCUUUGAUUGUGGGGACAGGAAGCAGGAAACAGAGACACCUGCAAGCAUUGUCUCCAAACCUUCAACAUCAGUUAUGGGUCAGAACAGUUCUCAUGGUAUCAAAAAUAUGUCAGGAUCAAAAUUUCCAACCAUGGAUCUUGACAUGAAAGCCGAAUCAUAUGGUAUUCCGCCAGCAUUGACAUGCAAGUCAGGCACAGAUAUGUCAGUAGGCUCUGUUCUGUUGGGAGAAGCAGUUAAAUUGGACAUGGAGACUUGUUUACAUGGAAAAGCUAGCAAAAUCAAACAGGAAGUGCACAUUGGAUCAGCUAGCUAUGGAGAGUUGUCUUCAAAUUUACCCCACAACUAUUCAUCUUGUUUUCCACCAGGAAGCAUUCAGAGUCUAGAGUCUGCUGCAACAGGUGGAAAGUCGAGUUCCCAGAUUAAACAGGAGACAACUCCUGUAUCCACAGCGGCAUGGCAGUCUGUUAUUACAACUGCUUCAGUUACUCACAGCAAAAUGUCACCACAAAUUGUGGAGGUUUCUCAGUCAGGCAUUUCAUCUCCAGGCCAAGUUCAAGGAAUGGCUGAACUCAAUUUGCGGUCAAAGAAACCAGAAGGAAUUCGUCAACCCCUUGAACAAAUGACCACCCCCUCAAGUCAGCAUCACCAACCUCAAGCACAGCCAGGAUUGACUUUUGGCAGAAGUGGGCUGGGAAGUGCAGAGGCUUCUCUGGCCCACAUGACACUCUUGACUACCAUGUCCCAGCCAGUGGUGUCACUAGCAGCAGUGACUGAACAUGGUCGUCGCAGUGGAAUGUUUGCCUUCCCCGUUUCACGAGAGCAGAUGUCUUCAGUUGCAGGAUCAGUGUUUACACAAGCAGCCUCUCAAGAACCGCGGUACACAACAUCUAAAGUCUCCGGUGCACCAGUAAAUGUGAUUACAGUAGGACAACAUGGCUCAGCAGUUUCUUCAGCUGGGGGUAUUGUGACACACAAACAUGGACCACACACUGGGCUUCCAUCGCCAACCACCAUGCCCCCUGUGCCAGCUCUAGUGCAAGCUCCUCAUGCUCAGAGCAGUCCAAAGCAGCCACCAGGAAUGACCAAAAGCUGGCCUGGUGGCAUGCAGCCCAGUGCUAGCUUGCUGGCAGGGCAGCAGCAACCUAUCAACACUCCACCACCUCCUCAGAUGUCACCCACGUCAUCCAUGCAGCCCCAACGUCCUCAGAGUGUACAAUUACCUGUCAUGCCACACAUGGACCCUAACCCAUCUCCAGUUUCCCUCAGACGUCCCCCAAGUGCCCACAGCAGCCAAACUGUACUAAAUGCAGGGAGAGAGAGGCCUGGGUGCCAGCCACCACACCAGGGCGAUAUGCGACCUCCUUCUCUUCCUAGUGAACUUUUGACACAAGGUCACGAUCGAGAACAUCUCUUGCAGGGACACAUUGCAAGUCUGCACCAGAUACCAGCUGUAAUGCGACAAGGACUUGCCCCUCAUGGAUUUGUUGUUGUGCAUGGGGAUCAUGGGGUGCAAGUUAUCCCACACUCAUUGUCUCCAAUGCCACCCCCUUCACCCCAUGCACAGCAUGAGGCAUCCAAACUUGUCAGUAGUGCUGCCAGUAUUGUUAACUCCAGCAGCCAGUUAAAUGUCACAACAUCAGUGACACCUCCUAUAACAAGUCACCUGCUCGGUCAGCGACGAGGCUCUCUACAGGAUCAAUCUUUGUCGAAGAUGCCUCCAUCCUCUACUGCAGGAACGUUAUAUUCAGGAGUUGUUGCAGGCCAGCCACGUUCAUUGUCUCCCAAGACAGCUAGUCCUGUUGGGCAGGUAAUUGAGCGUUUGCCAAACCCAAUAAGACCCAUGGACUCACUGCCUGGACCAGGAGGACCCACCCAAGCUCACUGUCUCACAUCAUCUCCAGUUCAUCAGGACCCCACUCUUGUUGUCAGAUAUCACAAAGAUGAUGGAAGUUUGCGGCCAGUACAACCGCCUGCUGCACAUAGUUCCCAUGAAGUGAUAAUGAUGCAUGGAUCCAUGGUAGAUCAGCAGCGCCAGAUUUUGAUGUCACGCAAUGCAGCACAUGAAGUGGCGCGCAGCAUGGUUGCACGUGGUAGUGGCUCUGGCCGAGAGCCCCAGGAACAUGGCCGAAAUGUAGCACUUGUCCAGGAGUUAGUUCGUACCAGUGCUCUUCAAGAUGGACCUAACAGGACCUCAGCAGUAGGCCAAGAGGCUGCAAGAGCAAAGGAAGCAGCCAGGAAAGAGAUGUGGGUUGCUAGUGGACAUGAGCCAGGUGUAGGCAGGCCUAGUCAAAGCAUGGAGCGCAGUUUGCAAGAAGCUGGGCUUGCUGCUCGUGUUGUUCAAGAUGGCAGUCACAAAAUGUCGCCACUUUCUUCCCACAGAGAAAGUCAGAUGUUAGGUCUUACUUCUGCAACAUCCUUGAUACAGCAGGUACCUCUUAAUCUGGCAGACCCAGACUCACGUAGUUCAUCAUCAGAGAUACGAGGUGGGGGCAGCUCAGGAAGUAAACCCUCACCAUCACCUUUUAACAUGACAUCUGGUCCCAAUUAUGUGGACCGAGGUGGUAAAGUAGGUGAGCGGCAGUCACUUGAAUCUGCGUUUGUGUCACCAGCUGGAGGUGGGCCACCUAAUGCUCAUAGAGAAAUAAGACCACCACAUUUGUAUGCUGCUGACAUGCAAGUGUUUCAACCACCACCACCUUUUGGCAUGGGUGUUGGUAGAGUACAAUUUGACCCCCGAACGAUAUAUGGCUCUCAGCAUCCUCAUCAAUUUAUCAGUAGCAAAGAUGCAGUGCUAGGAUCCUUCCAAAAUUUUAUUACAGCAAGCCAGAUACAUCAAGAUGCAGAGCGACUGAUUAAGAAAGGAGAACUUCCUCCAUCAGGACCCCUACCAACUGGCAUUGCAUUACCAAUGGUGCGUUCACCUUCACCAAUACCAUCACCUUCUCGAGGUUUACUGACAGAAAUGGUUGGACAUCACAUUUUGAGGCUGCCACCAAUUCUUGGGCGCUACCCAUUGGUGUGGUCAGGCAUGUUGGCCCUGAAGAAUGAUCAGAGUCACGUCCAGAUGCACUUUGUGUCAGGAUCACGGGAAUUGCCAGAUCAGGCUCUGCCACAGCCGCUCAUCUCUGGGGCCUCUUUACCUCUACGUAUCUCACAAAGGAUGCGCCUGGAAACACCAAACCUUGAAGGGGUGACCAAGCGCAUGAUUAAUGAGAGAGAUUACACUUUGCUGCUGGCUGUGCCCAGUGGACAUGAUCAACUUGAUGUCAAUGAACAGACUAAAAGUCUGACCAUUGGCUUCAUUGACUACCUUCGCAGCAAAUUAGCUGCUGGCAUUGUAAACGUGUCACAACCAGGAUCACAGCAGGCUGCAUUUGUGGUCCAUGUGUUUCCGCCAUGCGAUUUUUCCAUGGAUGUUGUGGCAAGGCACAGCACAGGUCUUGUAGAGCAGAUUCAUGACCUUGCCCAUGUCAUCAUUAUCAUCACUACUGUGUAAAGGACUCUUCAGUGCCAUCGCCGACACUUGCUACCCAGUGGUAGGAAGAUGGUGAUCCAAUGCUAUGUGAAUCUUGACAAGAAUAUCAGAUAGAACCAAGAUCAUUGGUCCAAGCUUAUUUGUCUGUAACUGUUGGUAGAAAAGCCAUUCUGGUUUUGUUUCAUUAUGAAGGCGAAGUUUUACCUGUUCAAAUCCACUUCUUGGGAUUAUAUUUUAUUUAGGAAGGGUGUAGGAACUGUCGAUUUCCAUGGUGAUGAACAUGUGACAGAACAAAAUGUUAGUGGAAUGGCAGAAUGCAAGUAGGCAAAAUGGAUUUUGCCAGCCUGAAAAGGGAUUUGAUAAAAAAGAUAAAAAAAUAAAAGGGGGGGGUCACAGUUGCUUCGUGCUGUUGUGAAUUUCACUGCUGUGUAUAUUGGAUGCUUACAUUGUUUUGCAAUGCAAUUUCAUAUCAGGCAGGAAUAAAUUGUAGUGUGUAGACUGUACUUUGUGCCCCACAGACAGGAGAAGGGGAGAAAAUGCCCUGCCAGAACACCAAAACUGAACCAAAAAGGCAGCUAUAGUGUGAGAUGCAUUGUCAUGAGUGUGAUGGUGUUGAAGAUUUGUUGACAGAUGUAAAGUUGUGAAUAUUUGUGGUCAUCCCCACAUUUAAUGUGUAUAUCUAGUGCAAGCGUGCAAUGCUUGUUUUUGAUGAUCUCAGGCAGUGUUACUGGUGAGCUUGCAUAAAUGACUUUUAGAAAGAAUGAGAGGAGAGAGUGAAACUGUAAGACAGAGCGCUUAGUUGGAAAUGGUUUGUGGAAUCCUUAAACAAUGUAAAAUGCUCAAUUGGGACCUUGUACUUAGAUUUAAGGUACACUGCUAUGUUAGUUAUACUGCUGUUUGUAGAUUCAGAUGGUAUGUGGCAAAAAAAGUCUAUUCAGUAUUAGGCAUUUAGUAAUGAAAGUGUGAAAGAUGGAUUUGAAAGCGCACAAGCAUGAAUUUGUUUUAUUGGACCUGUGAUUUUUUUUAAAAGUGUAAGUGAUAAUUGGAUAUGCUUUCUGUUGCGUGUGGCUGGUAGAAAUCAUGUCGGUAAAUGUACUAUUAUGUUCUGGAGUUGGCAGCAUUUCUGUCAAAUUGAUGUUCAGUUUAUUUUUGAAAGAAAAAUGUAUAUUUUCUGUGUGUAUUGUGUUUGUACAUAUAGCUUGUUGACAACACUGCAUGAUGUGAUAAAUGAAUGGGAAAAAAA